UCCAAUCCAAGCCGGAGAGAUUUCUGUGCUGCGUCUUCGUUUUCUUUGUUUAUUCCAUCCAUCUUAACAUCACAAUCGGUCUAUGCAUGCUUUAUCUUUUGAAUAUUCUUUACCCGAAUUUCCGGAUGUGCCCCCUUGGUCUCAGAUUCUUAUACACCUCAAAUUCGCCGCCCAAGAUCCGCCAUAGAUGCAGGUGAUCUAUUUCGAGUCUAUAGGCUUCCCUUCUUAUAAGUUAUAGCUAUAAUGAACCAGAGGACCCGUGCAUCGCGUCCUGUCCGUCGAUCUAAAGAGUUACUACCUUCAAGGCACCCAAUAGAGAUGAAAACAAAGAAGAUAUUUGGAAUUUCCCUCUCACUUAUUCUUAUUAACAUGGCUGCAAUAAUGGAACGUGCUGAUGAGAAUCUUCUCCCAGCUGUUUACAAAGAAGUUAGUGAAACUUUUGGUGUUGGACCUACUGAUCUGGGAUACCUCACAUUUAUCCGGAAUUUUGUUCAGGCGAUGUCAUCACCCUUGGCCGGGAUAUUGGUUCUUCAUUAUGACCGCCCCACAAUUCUUGCAAUGGGCACUGUAUGCUGGGCAUUAUCAACAGCCGCAGUAGGUGUCAGCCAGCUUUUCAUGCAGGUUGCAUUCUGGAGAGCAAUAAAUGGCCUUGGACUGGCCAUCGUUAUACCAGCACUUCAGUCUUUCAUAGCUGAUAGUUACCUUGAUGGUGUGCGAGGGACUGGAUUUGGGGUGCUGAACUUUGUUGGUUCUGUGGGUGGAAUAGGAGGUGGUGUCCUGGCAACAGUUAUGGCUGGUCAGGAUUUUUUUGGAAUGCCUGGAUGGCGCUGUGCCUUUGUUAUGAUGGCAUUAUUGAGUUCACUAAUUGGGUUCCUUGUCUUUAUUUUUGUUGUUGAUCCAAGAACGCGUAACAUUAGUCAUGGAUCAAGUGAGAGCUCUGAGAGGGAUGAUUUGGUAGAGAAGGGCGGUGCUAGUACAUCAUCAAUUUGGGCUGAUUCCUGGAUGGCCAUGAAAUCUGUUAUGAAGGUUCAGACAUUUCGGAUCAUUGUAUUGCAGGGAAUUGUUGGUUCACUGCCAUGGACAGCCAUGGUGUUCUUCACAAUGUGGUUUGAACUAAUUGGUUUUGAUCAUAACAAGUCAGCUGCUCUCCUCAGCCUUUUUGCUAUUGGAUGUGCUAUAGGGUCCCUGCUUGGUGGAUUAGUAGCUGAUCGGAUGUCAAGUAUCUAUCCACAUUCAGGUCGUAUCAUGUGUGCCCAGUUCAGUGCUUUCAUGAGUAUACCAUUCUCAUGGUUCCUCCUUACAGUGAUCCCACAGACGGUAGAUAGCUGGUUCACCUUUGCCACCACUCUUUUCCUGAUGGGACUCACCAUCAGCUGGUGUGGCACUUGUGCAAAUAAUCCUAUAUUUGCUGAAGUGGUCCCUCCAAAACAUCGUACCAUGAUAUAUGCAUUUGACCGUGCCUUUGAAGGCUCCUUCUCUUCAUUUGCAGCUCCAAUUGUUGGAAUCCUUGCAGAGAAGACAUAUGGGUAUGAUCCCCAAUCUGUGAAUCUAGUGUCAGGGUCCAGCAAAGAGGCAUUUGCACUCUCAAGAGGGCUUUGCUCGAUGAUGGCAGUUCCAUUCGCUUUGUGCUGCCUUUUUUAUAGCCCCUUGUAUCUCACUUACAGGCGGGACCGUGAAAAUGCUAGAAAUAUAAGCUUGAAGGAGCAAGAAAUGACAUGAGAAGCUUUACCCGCAUUCCACGGGUAUCGGUAUUGAUUAUCUUGUUGUAAAAUGAGUAAAUGACUGGCGUUAGAUGUGGAUAUGCUCUAACUUUUUCGACUUCAGACUGUCGUCUCGGAGGUGGUGGAAUUGCAAGUAUCCCGUACAUCUGCGGAACUUUUGCAUUAUUUGCUGAGAUCCAGUAGCGGAUUUGUGAUUUUAUGUUUUACAUUUGAUGGGAAAAGCGAGUGCUGUAGGUGAUAAUGUAAAUUCAGAGGCAACUGUCUUCUGAUCGUUGAAAUCACUGUUUUAUUCCAGGAUCUCGGAUUCUCAGGUAACAAUGAUGUUUCAAAUUCUCCCUUGUACAUACAGCAACAAAUAAAGCAUUGAUUUCAACUCCCCCCCCCCGGGGUUUUCCAUCAACCCCUUCCAAGUGUAACACUAUAGGGUCCACAGUAAGUGAUUACCCGCUUGCGUGAACCCAAUAAUGUAGCUCAAUCACAAAGGAAAUUCUAGAGAUGUAAUUACAGGAAGGGAAUCUGAAGCUGAAGUGUAUAAUUU